UUCUCGUGAAGUUCACAAAAUUAGCGAAUGAUCACGCGUAAUUGCGUAGCACAUCGCGACGCCUUGGAGCACCCAAUAAAAUAAAUUUUCCUCUGAAACCAAAUGAUUGCUUCCUCUCUCUCUCCCCCUCUACAAAUACUAUACAACUUUCUUUAUUCAAUCCUCCUCCUCCUCCUCCUCCUCCCCUCUCUUCUCUCUCUCUCUCUAGUGGAUAGUUGUUUAUGAGAAACCGAAAGCACCCCCCACUUGGUUCUUUCUUUCAUGAGAAUUGAUAUAACGAGAUUGAUACUCUCUUUUCAAUCAAAAAGAAAAGAUUAAAGGUUGAUCCUCGUUCAGAGAUUUGUCUUUAUCUGAAAUGUAUUUGAUGUACAAAUUUUUUAUUCCGGAAGAAACCAAGGUUGAAGAAAGAGAGUGGGAAAAAGAGAGAUAACACAAGCCAAGGAAGAAAAAAAACAUACCAAACUCACGAGUAGAUCGAUCGUAAGAUACGAAAAUCAAAUUUGUUUUUCCUCUGCUUCUGCUGGGUUUGGACGAUGUCUGCAACGGUUAUAAGCGACGCGAUGGUGAUGUCUGCAGCGGAACCACAACCUGUUACGACGAAACUCUGUGAUCAAAUUGAAGUCAUGUACGUCAAAUGCGAUUGUUGCGGAUUAACAGAGGAGUGCACGAUCACGUACAUCGAACGGAUUCGCGAGCGGUAUCAGGGGAAAUGGAUCUGCGGCCUGUGUGCGGAGGCGGUGAAGGACGAGAUCGUGAGGUGCGAGAGGCUUAUCAGCACCGAAGACGCCAUGAACCGGCACAUGAAUUUUUGCAAGAAGUUCAAUUCUGCCGGGCCGCCGGCGAACCCUGAAGUUCAUUUGAUUUCGGCGAUGAGGCAGAUUCUGAGGCGAAGCUUGGAUUCUCCGAGAUCGGUGAGGUCGAUGCCGAGUAGUCCGAUGAAGAUUGGCGGAGGGAUUGAGCGUGCGGGGCUUGCGCGAUCGGAAAGCUGUUUUGCUACUCUGUCUCUGGUGGAAGAACACAACGAGUGAUUUGCGUAAGCUGAUCCGCACAACUGAGCUAGUAUAAUAAAAAGAACGCGAUGAAUGAGAAGGGAAGGAGAAAAGCAGGAACCGUAAGUUUGAUGUAACUUGGAAAUAAAAGUAAAAAAAAAAAGGUUGUUAGAUGGUUACUCUAGUAUAAUACUUUGAAGAGCAGUACAGUUGUAGUCUAGAAUUGUUAUGUGAAACUGGAAUUUAUUGCUUUCGGUUUUGCA